AUGAGAAGUGAGUCUUCUAAUUCGGAUUUCUAUGACUAUGAGAUCGAAAAUCCACCCCGAAUAAAUCAUGCGAGUGGUCCAAUUCUUCAAUCACCAAAUUUCCAGCAGAAGACCCAGUUUACAUCGCCCCAGAAGUCAAUGAGUACACCUAAAAAGCUAUUAACGCCCAUUAAAAACCUAUUUUCUUCACCAAACCACGCCAAGCAGUCCAACAAUGUAUUACUGUCGGGAGAUCGGUUGAAUAGUGCCUUAUCAGGCCCAAUGAAAGAGAAAGUUCACGCACCACGUAAAUAUGACCAGAAGCGUGUUUCUGUAACACCACUGGACGGAACUACUAAUAAGGUUGACAGCUUAAAGCUUACCGGAGAGAACCAGAAGCGCGAGUGGAGUAGUCAGCUAAAAUCACACACACUUCUGAAUGACACAUUAGCUCAAAUGCAUACACCCAACAUGAACUCUGGAGCUUGUUGGUCAUCACCUGCCCUUGCGCUGCCUAGAGAUAUAUAUCGUACAAAUAAUUACGAUAGCCACGAAGUCUUUAUGCCUCCAUCAUAUUCACCAUACUCGCAAUCGCUAUAUUCACAAUCUCCAUCAGAUCAUGAUAGGGCUAACCAAAAUUUGUUGGCACCACCUUUGAGUCUACCAGAAGUAGAUGAUGAAUCGGAGAAAACAAAUGCAAACGAAUCCAGCAUUUCAUUAGCAGAUAGUAAGAAUUUUGAGACAAAACUGGUAUCUUUUCAGCCCGAUUGUGAAAUUAAUAAUUCUACAGAAAAUGACAUCUCAAAUUAUUCAACAGAUAUUAGGGAGGAUGGAACGGAAAACGAUGAUAAUUAUUCCGACUCGGGUUCCUCUUCCCAAUUUUCCUUUGUUAAGGAUAAUGCUGGAGGCAGAAACACGUCUGUAAAAUAUUAUAAAACAAAUACAUCCCCACGAAACAAUAAAGCUUUUCCCCAACUGAAUGAAUUUAAUGAAAAUGAUUUAGGAUAUGAAGUUGACGAAUUUUCUGAUUAUGAUUUCGAAAAUAAUGGAAUGGAGGACGAGGACUUCAACUAUGACGAUGAAGAGGAUGCUGAUGGACAAUAUGAUGACAUAUUUUGUGAUGAACAAGAAAAUUAUCAGAAUUCCGAUAGUAUAAAAGAACUGAACACAGACAAAUCUUUAGAUUCUGUUAGUAAUAACUUUGAAGAGAGCUCUGCCUUAAGUUCGAAUCCAUUCGACAAAAUGGAAACUGAGACCACGUCAACUGAUGUUAAACUUCCUGAUGUGCAAUUAAAAAAUCAUAGACCCUUUAAUCAUUCUUAUCAUUUAUCUAUUGAUGGAUUUGACGAUAAAUCCAAAUCUCUGGAAUCAAUAUCUGAAAGUAAUUUUCAUAAUGAAGAUCUUCUAGAAAAUUACAUGGAUCUUAGAAGACUGUCAUCGGUGGAUGUUGCAACAUUGAAUUAUAAUAGAAAAACGCCUGAUUUACAAUCAUCGGGUAACUUGGAGCUUUAUGAUUUAAAUUCUCCUAUGAUUAACGGGUUAACAAUAGGUAACAAUUUAAGACACAGGCUACGUCGGGAUAAUGAUUUUAAAGAAGAAGACAACGAUAGUAAAACAAAUAAGUUAUUCAUUUUCCGACAAGCUUCGCUUGAAAGUGGAAUAGAUAAUAUUACGAAUUGCAGUGAAAAUGCUAACACAACACUAAAAGAUGAUCGGGAUAUUUUCAGACAGCGAGCUUUAAAAAGUUUCCACAGUUCUAUUAGUGACAACCUUGAUUGUAAAAUUUCAGAGAAAUUAAAUGAAAUAGAGUCUUUUAACAGAAGGAGAGAAGUAACAAAUGCAACUAGUUCGUUGAAGUCAAUCAAGGAAAAAGAUGUUGGACUUGGUAUACUUCUUGACCUGGAUCAGAUCAUAAAUGGUGAGCCCCAACCAGCUGUUACAGAAAUUGUAACUGCACCAGUAAAUGAAAUUAUGGACAUUUUGGGAACAUUAGAGGAUAGAAGUAGAUCUGCUGAUUCGGGAACUGAAAAUAUGGGUCUUCCGAAUAAUACAAGAGAGGAAUUAGAUGAACCAAUAGACUCAAACCAGAAUAGAUCUGGAAAUAACAGACAAUCAAUACUAGGGAUGAUGAAUGUAUUGGCGGGCUUGGAAAAGUCUCAAGAAUCUAUGAAUCAGAAGAACAUCAGCUCACCGGAAGCAACGAAUACAGAUCACCUGAGAAGGACUUCCAUAAUUGACAUGAUGGAUAAAUUAGCAAUAAAUGAAUCUCAAAAUAAGGAAGUAAGUAAUACGAAGAGAAAAUCGGUUACAAAUAUGAUGGCUACUUUAGAACUUCUAGAAAGUACGCAUAAGGCCGAUAGUCCAGACAUUAAUAAUAUCAAUGCUAGUGAGGUAAGUGGCAAAUUUUCUGCUAAGGUUUCUAAAAAUCCUCUAAAGAGAAUAGCAGCAGAAGCUUCAAAGGAAAGCAAAAGAUAUUCUUGGUAUGACAAUGAUGAAAAGAUAGACUUCAAAGCUGUUAAUUUAAGUGAUUUAUCUUCUAAGACUGAAUUUGAACCACCCUUAUCAAACAAAGCGGAAACGCCGACUGAACCGGAGAGGUUAGAUUUUGAGACCACUAUUUCAACGCUUGAUAAAGAUUUGAUUGAUGAAGCUAACCAACUACCUGAAGAUUACAAUUUCGAGGAUCCCACAUAUAAUAGAAUUUUAAACUCGCCUAUAGACGAGACAGCAUUUUUCAGAUCCAACUCAUAUAAUAAAAAGCCUUCUAAACGUGUCACGGACAAUAAUUUUCUUUCCAACAAGAUUGAGACAAUCAACAAAACAAUCACUUUCUACAGGAGUAAUAGUACAGGCCAGUAUUCGGAUACCAAUCAAUAUGGAGGUAUAAGUAGAGGACCCUCAUCUAGGUCAAUGAAGUCUUUUACUUCAGUUGAUAGUGACACCUUAAAUGAGGAAAGAAAUGAAGAACAUGAAAGAACUAAAACAUCUGAAAUACCUAAUGGUCCUUACACUUUUAGGUCCAAUUUUCCUCUAUAUUCAAAAAGUACUGAUUCCUAUAAUUUGGGAACUAUAUCUGAAGCUGAUAGUCCAUUAAUUUGA